AUGGCACUUGUUUCAUCAGAACACUUAAUCGAGAUUCCUCCACAACGAGACUGCUCAUCGUUGAGUGCUAAAGUUUAUGGAGUUGUUGAACUUGAGGUUCAAGUAUCAGAAUUGUUGGAUAAUUUAUCGGUAGCAUUAUCGUGUUUGUACGACAUAACAUCCUUGAAUCUCGCCAAGCAUUCCGCACAUUUUCAACGUUUACAACAGUGUAUUGCAAAAAUCACAGCAAAAUUAGAAACCGCCCGAAAUUCCGUUCAAACAACCUUUAAAGAUAUCGCUCUUGAGGAUGAUUUUCUGUUGUUAUCCGAUGCUUCGAAGACAUCUCAAACGAAACAAUCGCCCGAAUUUUCACCGUCACCGUCUAAACAGUUGAAUCGACUCGACUCGUCAACCACAUCAUCAAAAUCACUCCAAGCUCGAAGCUCUUCUGGUGGCUCUACACCUCAAAGCCAGCCAAGCAACAGUGCUGUGUCAACUACUCCAUCAAGCUCGGCGGCUUGCGACCGUUCUCCGGCCGGUCGUUCGCCGCCACCCACUUCCAGAUCCUACCAAAUGCUGGCAUUGGCGCAAAUAUCAAGUUAUUGUUGUUCCACUGAUCGACUGUUUUAUAAUCAAAGUCAAAAAGAUACUUCGCUCUAUACAGAUCAACUGAAACAAGUAUCAACAAAACAACGACGCCAAACAACACCACAUCAAAAUAGAGAAUAUUUCCGAAUAUCACGGAUUUGA